UGUCAGAUCCAAGGCCACCCAGACGCUUAUGGCCUGGGCAUUCGAAUCGCCUUCUACCUGCAAUGGUUUGCCCUGAUCAUCUCCUGCUGGCUCUCCGAUGGCGACGCCCUCAAUCUCAAGUUUCUCAACGCCCUCACCAUCGCAGCCACCUCGAUCGGCCUGGCGCUCAACUUGAGCACCCUCCAGCCGGUCGAAGUAUACGUUAUCCUCCUCCUGGUCUGCGGCACCUUGUAUUUCCAGGUGCCCGUCUUUCUCUGGCGAGUCGUGACAUGCUGUCGUCCUUGGUGGGAUACUGAGCGAUGGAACAAGCUGCGGAUGGGCUGGCUGUUCAAGACUGGCAUGGCCUUGUUGUUGGGGACGUUACUGGGCGUGGAGAUCUGGUUCUGGUGUACUGGCGUCUAUGAGAAGCCUGCGGGAAUGGACGAUGCUGGUGGGUGUCGUCAGUACGCCUUCUUAUUCGGCCAGGUUCCGCUUGACAGCUCUGCCAAACGAAGCCAUCCAACAGUGGUGGCUCGCAAAACUCACAAACCGACCAACUGUAGGAUCACCAACAACCGCAUCGUCUUUCUGCAACAACUCCGCACCUUCUCAGACCUAAUAGUCGCAGCGAUCCUCGUCAUGGCGGUCGAGCUUGUCAUCUCCUGGAACCAUAUCAGUGGCGUCAAUGACCUCAGCUCAGCUGCGCAGCUCAUUCCGCCCGUCAUCAGC